AUGGGGUUGCCUGGAAGUUCUUUCUCGAACUCAAGUACUGAAGGGCAGGAAUUGCAUAGGAGGCGUUUACAAAUUAAAGAAAAAACAACAAAUAAAAAGAAAUCCAAAGGGAUAGUUGAUAGGACUAGCAAAUCUCAUGGGAUGGCAAUCAAUGCUAAGGAUUGUACAGAUGAAAAUACGAGUAAAACAAUUGAAGAUUCUACUAUUCUCAUCUCAAAAAGCUGUGACAUUAAGGAUAUUUGUGCUCGCCAGCAGGAUGUUGUAGCAGCUUCUAUUGCGUCAAGGAAGCGCCAGAAGUUACAUUGGGGGCUUGACACAAAAGAAAGGUGGGAAAGGAAAUCGAACAUGUAG